AUGGUGGGACAAAGCCCUUCGAUACGGUCGUUCUUCCCCUUGCAGACUUCACCUCUCAAAACUUCGCCCCGAACAUCUUCACCCGCGCCAGGCGAUGGCUUUACCUCAUCAGAACUUGACACUUCCUUGUUACCAGCACAGAAGGACGAUUGGACCCCAUCUGCAGAUUACGACGAGUAUGACAUCGAUGCACUUGUGUCGGGACCAAAUCGAAUCAAGAUCGUAGGUCGCAUUGUCAACCUGUUCGAGAGCUCGCCCAAAGCAAAGUUACCAACAGGGGCCAAAGGAUCUGUCCACCUUGUGGUCAAAGACAACACGAGUGCUGUCACUGUCAAAUUGUCUUACACGCGUAUCUCUCACGGCUUGCGAAUAGGCCAACUUGUUGCAGUAUGGGCCACCUAUGUCGCCAACGGAGAUCGAGGUAUCUUCCCGUGCGCCGUCGCACCUCUGUACAUCAAGAUCUUUCCGGAAAAGGACAAGAGCUGCUAUAUCCUUGUACUCGAUGAUCCAAAGUUCGCCCAACUUUGCAGAAAGCCACUGAGUUAUGAGUCCACUCUCAUGUCCUUGAAGGAUUUCACUCAUGGUGGCGCUGAGGUGACGGAAGCCAAAAUCCUUGUCAUUGUGAAGAGCAUCAGUACACGUAAGAAAGUAUUGAAGAAGGAUGGAACCACAGCCGAUCUUGUGAAAGUUGGUGUGAUGGACGACACAAGCGAAGCAAUACUGUCCUUGUGGGGAGUCGCUUCAACAACCCCGGUGGAGUGGCAGCCAUCACAGACCGCGCUGCUUAUAUCCAGUCCGAGCCUAAAUGUCUCACACCAGACCUGGUUGGCACUAACAUCCAGCACCUUCAUCGAUGUGGACCCCAGUAUUCCGGAAGCAGACAGACUUCGUGCAUUUGCUGGACAUAUGAUCAAAAGACGGCACGUCAAUCCAGCUUAUCCUGACAAAGAGUUUGUAGAAUACGACUUUUGGAGUAUCUCUAAACCAGAUGAACAUGUUUUGAAUUCCCUUGCAGAUUUGGACGAUCGCGCGCGCGAGGCACCCGAAGACGAAUUUGAGGGUUAUCUGAGUGUGAUCAUACUAGACCUCAAUAUGACCUCUCUGCGACAACAGAACAUGCUUAUGUGCAAUGAAUGCUGCGGCAUCCCACUAUAUGCAAACUCGAUAGUAGCUAAAUGCAAGCAAUGUGAUGAGCAGGUGCCGUUGAGGAUCAACCCGCGACUGAUUGGCAAGCUAAUUGAUGAGAGUGGAUGCAUCUUGAGUGGCAAGCUUGUGCUGUCAGAUCAUGCGUGGACACGUCUUCUAGGAAGAAGCGCCGAAGAAAUGAUCCAGAGCAGUGCAAGUACGCUGAAGAGCGUAGAACACCGAAUACUUCACGUACGUAUCACGUUGCGGUUUUGGUGGAGUGCUAGUGUUGGCAAGCUCGUUAUCACGGACGUGCUUGAGUAA